AUGCCGGCAGAGGUCCACAUCGGCGCCGCAGCGGCCCCACGGGCCGCAUCGGGGGCGCUUCCAGCGCCGCGCGCUAAGCACGUGCCCCCGAGCCCACCGCCCGCGGCGCCGCACAGCCGACGCAGCGCAGCGCUUGCGAUGCUCGCGAGCGCCGCGUGCGCGGCGGCAUCGAGCGUCGCGAGCCCUGCGCACGCGCUGAGCUGCUCGGGCCUCAAUGGCCGGGAGCUUCAGCUCUGCCUGCGGCAGCAGCGCGAGGCGCGCGGGCUCCCGAAGGCCGACGAGGAGGAGCGGUACGAGGAGUACGACCAGCCCGGCGAGAAGGUCACCCUCCCGUCGGGCGUGCAGUACCGGGAGCUGCAGGAGGGGACGGGCGCGCGCACGGCGGAGAUCGGCAGCGUGUGCGAGAUCGCGUACACCGUGUACCGCCUGAGCAGUGGAGCGUACUACAAGUACUCGAGCGGGGGGCUGCCGGUCAUGCUCUUCUCGUUCGGGACGGGGAAGGAGAUCGGCGACAGCGUGGGCGACGUGUACCGGUUCACGCUGGGCGAGAAGAAUGCAGUGCCAGCCGCAGUGGCCGCGGCGAUGCAAGGUAUGAGGGAGGGGGCGGUGCGGAGGAUCCUGGUGCCUGCGGGGCCGGCUGGGUGGGACGCGGACGGGAAGGUGCAGCCGCAGCCGCGGGAUUUCGGGGGCAAGCGUCGGCUCGCAGCACACAGGACGGAGGCGUUGCUGUUCGAGGCCGAGCUGGUGAGGGUGCUGCAGCCAACGGAGGCUGGUGCGGCGGCGACGGACGUCGCGGCGCCGGACAUCCAGCAGAAGCCGUACUCGCUGCCGGCGCCACCGAGUCCUUUCAAGAAACGGCUCUUGCCCGCCGAGCCCGCCUCCUGA